GCACCUCCUCUUCCUCUUAUACCUCCUCCUCCGAACCUCCUCUCCGGCCCCGCACGUCCCAGCGGGUUGCAAGGAAGCCGCUUCAGAACUGGCUCGCUCGCGUCCCUCUGGCCGCCUCCUUGAGAGCGCCCCAAGUUGAGAGGAAGAUGGGGACCCGGCUGCAGCAUUUGCAGAGCCGCUCCAGCAACAGAUUGGAAGAAACGGAGAGUUUCUGCCGAGGGGAAACUGGUUACUGAAGGGCGCGUGACGAGGCUCCGAGAACUUCUCCUCGCCCACAGCCGCCCGCCCACCCUCACCCACCAGCUUGCUUGCCCCCAGCCCCGGCUUCCUUCGGGCUCGCUUGGUCCUUUCCCCCGCGAGGAGGGCGGAGAGGCAUGAAGACGAGCCGCCGGUGCCGAGCCCUGCUGGCCGUGUGUCUGAACCUGCUGGCUCUUCUCUUCUCCACCACCGCCUUCCUCACCACGCACUGGUGCCAGGGGACCCAGCGGGUGCCCAAGCCCAACUGUGGCCGAGACAAGAAGACCAACUGCCUCAACUACAGCGGCAACAGCACGGCCAACGACACGACCGGCUCCCACGGGGUGCACUACAGCUGGGAGACCGGCGACGACCGUUUCCUUUUCAGGUAUUUCCACACGGGCAUCUGGUAUUCCUGUGAGGAAAACCUCAGUGGACUUGGUGAAACAUGCCGGAGUUUUAUUGACCUGGCUCCAGCUUCAGAGAAAGGUGUGCUUUGGCUGUCUGUGGUUUCAGAAGUGUUAUACAUCCUUCUCUUGGUCGUCGGAUUCAGUCUCAUGUGUCUAGAGCUCUUCCACUCUAGUAACGUCAUAGAUGGGCUCAAGCUCAAUGCCUUUGCUGCUGUCUUCACUGUGCUGUCAGGUCUCCUGGGAAUGGUCGCCCAUAUGAUGUACACUCAAGUGUUCCAAGUCACGGUCAGCCUGGGACCUGAAGACUGGAGACCUCACUCCUGGGACUACGGCUGGUCUUUCUGCCUAGCCUGGGGUUCUUUCACGUGCUGCAUGGCAGCCUCAGUCACCACACUGAAUUCUUACACCAAGACCGUCAUUGAGUUCCGGCACAAACGUAAAGUGUUUGAGCAAGGAUUCCGGGAGGAGCCAACUUUCAUUGAUCCAGAGGCCAUCAAAUACUUCCGGGAGAGAGUGCCAAGGAAGGAAGAGACCUUAAGGAUCAUAAGAGUUCAAGCCUCUCAUAUGACCGGAGUGAGGGUGGAAGUUAAAUCCCAAAAAAGGAAUGAGAAGGGGGAUGGGACUGAGGAUGAAGACUUCCGACUGGACUGCCACCACAGCCGAUACCCAAAUCGACUGCAGAACACCCACCUCUAGAUGACCCAAAAUCUUUAAGAAAAUUUGGCUCCAUGGCCCCAGCAACCACCCCAGUCUUUUCCAACAGACAGAAACCCCUGUACACCAUCCCUCCAGAACUCAGCUGAAAGAGCUCUGCAGAGCAGAGCUAAGUGCCGUGAGAAGACUUCUUUCCUUUUGUCCUCCCCCUCCACUACAAGAUGGCAGAAGCCCAGGCACAGCAGCAUCUGGCCACUCCAGCUCAGCCCAUCCAGGAUCCCGUGGAAGAUCCAGUCCCAUCUCCUUGAGUUUUUAACUUGUGCCCGGCCCAGCCAAUCACAGGAUGAGCCCAGGGUCCAGCCCAGACAACCCGAGGCCUUACCUGGCAACCAGCCCAACCACCCAGAGGCCCUGUUUUGGAUAUAGAGUAGCCCAUACCGGCUUUUUUUUCCCGAGGUCCCGUGGUUCAAUGGGGAAACAACCUGGCCCACCUCGCAAUGAAGUCCGGAGAGACACUGGAUUCAGUGACCUCAAGCAUCAUUUGGAUCCAUGACCCGGCCUCCAGCUCAGUUUUCUCAAGUUGGAUCUCAGCCCCUGAGACCGUCACUCAGGGUGGGCUAAUGGAGACGACUGAAUAUGGAGCCCAGAUACAUGGGAUCAAAUGCCAGUUUGGGCAAGUCCUUUCUUCUCUGAAUCUUGGUUUCCUCAUCUGCAAAAUGAGGAGUUUAGAUGAGAUCAUGUCUAAGGUCCCUUCUGGUCCUAAAGCCUUUUCUCCAUUAGAGCCACACCCCAACGCAGAAUUCUAGUCACCCGGUGAUUUCGUGAUGCAAAAGCACAAGGCCCAAAGAGACAAGUCUUUCCAGGGGCUGUUCCCAGAGAAAUGGCCCCUUCUUAAGCACAGCUGGCUGACACCGAGUCAGAGGAGGUGGGGAAGAGGCUGCUGGGUGCAAGAGGAUGCUGGUCCUUUUGGAUCAAUCGGACCAGGAAGGGGAGGAGGAGAUCCAAGGAAAGAAGCGAGAGUCUUUAAGAAGUAUUGAAUCAGGGAGACGCGAGCCUCUGCCUGUUGCCAUCAGAGGUGCUACAUCCUGAGCCGAAGCCCAGGCAGUGAGGACCGCUGCAUCCAGGAAGCACCCACAGUCCUUGCCCCAGCUUUUCGGGGAAUCCCUCCCUCCUCUGGCUCCACCUGGGGCAGUCGGCCUGCUACACCAGCUUCCAGCACUGAAGGGACCCCCAGCUGUAAGCCAAGGACUGCCACAGCCCAAGAAACUCCUCCGGCUCAGGGCCUGGCUCUGAGGAAACACACUCCUACACCUGGAAGCGACCCUACAGAGCCCCCAUCAUCUGCUCUUCCUGUGGACCAAGGGACCUGAUUGUCAUUUUUUCUUUUCUAAAAAUAGAGUUCUUUAUCAGAUUCAUUUCAUUUGUAUAUGUUUGAUACUGGUUUUAUAGGCGCCAGCUCUCGUCCCUUUCUGGGGAUUUUAUUCCUGGGGAAUGAUCAUUUUCAAUGGGGAUUUUACUCCUGGGAAGCAUUAUUGGAAAGUCAGUAGGGAACCUCUCCGGCCGCCCUCCCUCUCUCCAAGACCACCAAACACUGUCCACCUUGUCUUCAGAGGCCCCUGAGGACACUGGUCAUCUCUAUCCCCCUCACUCUCCCCCUCACCCCCAAACAACUGAAAAGGCAGAAUUCAGUGGGGACCAUGCCAGGAGGUCCAUAUGUAGUAACACGAGUAUCAGAUUCAGAGUCAGGGGAUCUGGGGCAGACCCAGCUCCAUCUGUGUGACUUUGAGCCCCCUUUUACAGUUAAGAAACUGAGGCCCAGAAAAGAAAAAUGACUUGCCCACAAUCACACAGCAAAUCUGCAGAAGAGCCAGGAUGGACCUGGAGUUUGCAAUCUGCCCAGUGGAGAGAGUGGCCACAUCAACCGAGUCCCAGAGAUUUGAAGUUGAAGUAAAUAAUAGCAAUAAAAUAUCGAAAAGAACAACAGUAAACUAUCAUUAUUCACUUCAAUUUCAACUGCAUUGUAUUAAAUAAACCUAAUGUUGUAUAGUAUAAUAUAAAUAUAUUGUAUUUAAUAUGGUAUAUCAGUAAUCUGUGGUAUUGUUGUUCUAUUAUGUUCUCUUGGUGCAAUGAAAAAUGUCAGAGGACUUGGGUUCAAAUCCUCCUCCUGAUAUUUACUACCUGUGUGACAUUGGGUAACUUUGCUGUGCUUCAGGUUUCUCAUCUGUAAAAUGACAGGGUUGGAUAAGUUCCAUAUAUGUACUGGACAAGUCACUUAACCCUCAGUGCUCUAGGACUGAAAAUUGCAGAGGAGCAAUCAAUUUGCAUUAGGAGAGAGAGUUUUCAUCUAGUUUCCUACAUUGAUGAAAUUUCAGGUGCAGUCCCUGUCCUAUCUUUUAUUAUAAAUGUUGGCCCCAUAUGGCUUCUUACCUCCUCUAACAAUGUUUAUGUUUAUUAUUAUUAUUAUCUUCCAUUUAAAUUGUUUUAUUCUUAUUUGCAUGGAUUUCCAGGACCUGAGAUUUUGUCGCUGUGGGCUUCUCCCUCCACUGACGCAGAUCAGAACUCCUCUGUGCCUUAGUAGAUAAGCUUUAAGACUUAUUGGGGCUGAAAAAUUCAUCACCUUUAGGCCAAGCUGGUGUUGAGCUCUGAAUUUAGCCGAGCAUGUCCUCAGACAAGCUCCUCGAUGAGUCUAUCCCCCAGCUGCUUCUCAGAGCUUUCCCAGCUUAAGACCGGGCUCGGCUGGCACUGCCUUUGAGAACCCAGAGCUGCCUCCACACCAUAUGAAGCAUGGAAAAUUCAUUGACUGAUUGACUCUAAAGGUUUAAUAAUAACAAUAAUUACCUGAACUCUCUUGGUUCCGUUUUAGGAGAAUAGAAAGUAGGUGGGCCUCUGUAUACAUCAAGUGAAUGAUCUGUUAACAGGGGGCUGGGGCGUCUCAGUGGCAAACCUAAGGAAUCUUCUGGGGCUUAGGAAGGGUCCCCGAUGCUCUUGGCAGUCCCCAGGGGGCUGGAAGCCAAUCCCAGAACCAAUCAAAAAGUUAAUGAAGCUGCAUUAUGAUUGUGCUCCCUUGAGGGGCCUGCCUUUCUCCUCCAAAGGCCUUUGAAGAAAAAGUAGAAGGAAAGUAAAUUGUUGGGACUCUAAUCUUCUCAGACACGGAAUCACUGCUGAUUUCCUGCUCUCCAGGCUUUUCUCCCCCUCCAGGCUUCUUUCUUGCCAGGAAUCCCCAAUUCAGGAUGACCUCAGUUCUCAAAGGAGAGUGGCAAAGAAUACUCAAAGAAAUCAUCCACAAAAUGAAUAGUGGUCCUGGUUGCUACUUUCAGCUGAGGAGCAGCCACAGUCUUUCCAGAUUGGCUUGGGGCUGCUUUGAAACCCCAGAGAAGACAAGCCUGGGAAGCAGUGUGAUUUUCUGCAGCUUUCCCCACUUUGGGGAAGCUGAAGAUCACUCUCCUCCUUGGCCAAACUGACCUUUCCCUUCCCUCCUGUUGUCUUUAUAUGAAGCUAGAAGCCUGGGGUUCAUUUUUGACCUGACAGUAUUCAUAUUCUUUAAAAAAAAAAAAGUUCACAUACCCAGCAUCACAUACCCAGAAAGUAGCAGAAUUAGAACUUGAGACGAGGUUUUUGGAUGUUCCCAAAUCCAUACUAUUACAUUCCUGUCAUCUGAGUGUUAACCUAGCUGAAAUCAGGAAGGCUUAUUACCCUUUUGCUCUCAUUUAAUUUUUGUGCUCUCAUUUAUUUGUGUAAUCACUUUUUAAUCACAGCAACCCUGAAAGACUCUGUAUGAAGUGAGAGAAAGAUCAAGAUUUAUGUGAGUGGAGGGAGUACCCACAAUGCUGAGAUCCCAGAUCUUUGAAGGAUUGAAUUACCCAUUGGGACUCUCCUAGAAAAUUAUCCCAAAUAGAACUAGGUCUAUGAUUUCAAAAGAGAUGUGAAGAAGAGGGCUAGAUUUCUAGAUUGUGUUUAGGACCCUAUCACCCAGUUCCAAGCCCCUACACCAAUGGACAUUGCCCACCAAGUCCCUUCUCUCUUGAGUUCCUUGUCUGUUAAGCCACCAUCUCUUCAAUACUAUGGCUCCAAGGCUUGCAGUCACUAAAUUUUCUUCACCCUCUUUGUGACAGCCAGUCAACCUUUGAUCCUUCCUUCCAAGGUCACUCACAUCCAUUUUAUUCUUAUGGUCAUACACCUUCAAAUCAAAGAGGGAGCUAUUGACAUCAAAUGUCAGAACUAAAAGGAACCUUAGAGAUAAUCAAAUUCAUUCAUUUUAUAGAGGAGAGAACUAAGACCAGAGGGGGAAAAUCACUUGCCCAAAGCCCAAUGACAGAAUUAACCAGAACCCACAUUUCCUAUUCCCACUCUCAUUUCCUGCUCACAAAGAUCUUGAAAAGUUUCAGAAAAUGAUAGACAAGUAGUUAGGAAAGUAAUGUUACCAGAGGGUUUGAAUAGUGACUAUAUUUAAGCUCUACGAGUAAGUAACCUUUACAAAAUGCUUUCCUUUCCACUUCAGUGUUUAUAGAAAUCUGUUAGUAUGAAUUCUUUACAAAAUAAAUAUAAUAUUUAUAAAAUAAAAGUAAAAGAUCGUGGGCUCUUAAUAAGCCCAAUUCUUCAACUUGUGAGUCUGAAAUGAAGUUUAUAUAAACCCAAGGAGGAAAGCCUCUUUUAUUUGUGUUCAGUGAGGAUGAUCCCUGUCCCUUUUCCAUAAGAAGAAAAGCUAAUGAAGCAAAGCAAAACAAAACAAAAAAACAACAUGGAAUUUGGAUUCAGUACACCUGGUUUUGAAUUCUGAAGAAGAGGAGGAAUGAAUACUAAUUGGCAUGAAUCUGGAAAGUCAUAUUCCCUUUCUGAGCCUCAGGUUCCUCCUUGGAAGAUGAAAGAGUUGGACAUGAUGAUCUCUAAGGCAUUUAUAUCUUUAGAUAUAAACUCAGUGAAACUUUGAAGGGAUCUACUGAUUUUCUCUGAAGUUUCCACCGUGGAAUAAUUGCAAAAGCUCUUAGGAAUUCUUGUAGGAGUAGAACAAAGUCCUGUAAAUAGCAGCUACAAUAACAACAGCUCAUAUUCAAUUAUGCUUUAGGUUUAACAAAUCUUCUUAACUAUGGUAGUAUGUAGCAACCAAUACUCCCAUUUUGCAGAUGAUGAAACUGAGGAUCAGGGAAGAUAUAUGGGAUCACACAGCUAGGAAGGGGCUAUGGUCUCAGAAGGCGUCAGCAGAUGUCAAAACGCAUCACUCAAAUGCUCUCCAAAGAGUUGUGAUGGACCUGUUAAUCCUUCAGUCCAUGUUGGUCAAUGGCCAAUCAGCAACCGAUGCUGCUUUGUCACACCUCAAAGCACUUUAAGGGGAGCAGCUCGAGUGUCUUUGCAGCCAUGACAAACUCUCUCUUUCUCCUACUUUCCUUAAUACUUUGCAACUCAUGUUCCUGAACACAUAAUUUACCCAAUUGCUACCUUUGCAACACUGGUUAUAGUGAAGAGAUUCAUAGGAGUCACUAAAAACAUGCCUGCACUAAUGGCACGGCCAUAGAGGCUCACAACGUCUCCUUCUACUCCUGAACAGUCAAAAGCAGUCUUCAGGAAUUCCAAAAAAUGUACCAAUAAGCUAACCUCUGGGCUUCCCUUUCUUUCUUUCUUUCUUUCUUUCUUUCUUUCUUUCUUUCUUUCU